AUGUUGACUACUGCUGAAAUAUUAAAUUCAGUCGGUCACAACUUUAUUAUAUAUUUUGGCAGUUUUGUGGUUAUUUCCGGUAUUUUUGGAAAUUUAAUGAAUUUAUGCAUGUUUUCACAAAAACCAUUACGACGAAGAUCAUUUUCGCAUUAUAUAAUUGCAUUGUCAGUUGUUAAUAUAAUACAAGUACCAAAUACUCUAAUAUCAAGAACAUUAGCGGAGGCAUUUAACAUUGAUCCAACGUUAACAAAUGUAAAAUAUUGUAAAUUUCGAAAUUAUUCAGAUUUUGCUGGGCCUUUAAUAUCAUUGUCACUUGUAUGUUUGGCAUCAUCUGAUCGAUGUAUGAGUACAUCACGAUCGUCAGCAUACCGUGAAUUGAGCACAAUUAAAAUUUCACGACGAUUAAUAUUAAUUACGUAUCUAUUCUGGUUAAUUCAUAAUAUACCAUUUCUCGUAUACUUCAAUAUAAAUCAUUUAGCAAGUAAUCAUUCGGUGUGUAGCAGUACUUCUGUCUUGUGGGCCAACUACAUUUCCUACUUUAUUAUACCAAUAUUGUAUUGUGUUCUACCCAUUACAUUGUUAACGAGUCUUGGAUUUAAAACGUAUAAGAAUAUAAACACCUUACAACGAAGACAACGUAAAACAGAUGUGCAGUUAACGUCAAUGAUUUUGAUUCAAACUAUAAUUGUUGUUUUAUCAACAACACCAUAUUGUGUUUUCAGUAUUUAUGCCGCAUCGACGAAAUACUUAGUAAAAGAUGCAGUACGCACUUCUCAAGAUGCACUUUUGGAAAAAUUAACACGUUAUGUAUUUUUGACUAAUUUUGCAUCUGGUUUCUACAGUUAUAUUUUUUCAUCAAAAGCAUAUCGGAAACAAAUUCGAUCAGCUUUCAAAAUACUUUGUCAAUGUCGUCGAGCAAACCGUGUUAAUUCUUUAAAGAAAAACACUAUGUAG